ACUUCCCGGCGUGCUCCACGCCUCCGCUGCCCUUCUAGCCUUUCUCGUCUUUCCCUCCCCCCUCGCUUGUCUCGGUCAUGGCUCCGCUGCUGCUCCCCCUGCUGCUCUUGCGCCCCGCGACCCGGGCCUUGCGCCCCGCCGCCCUCCCGGCCCUGCGUCCCGCCGUGGCCGCCGCCACCCGCGCCUUCGGGGGCCUCCUGGGAGGAGGAAUCGCCGGUGCGCCGAGACCCGCGCCUCCCCGCCUUCUGCAGCCGCGCCGGCGCCCGCCCGGUCUAUGCUCGUGCACGUGUGGGGGGCUCCACACUGAGGGGGACAAGGCCUUCGCAGAGUUCCUGACGGAUGAAAUCAAAGAGGAGAGGAAAAUCCAGAAGCACAAAUCCCUCCCCAAGAUGUCCGGAGACUGGGAACUGGGGGUGCAGGGCACGGAAGCCAAGCUGGUCCGGAAACUGGCCGGCGAGAGGAUCACGGUCACCUUCAACAUCAACAACAGCAUCCCCCCAACCUUCGAUGACGAGCCGGCGGAGGGACAGAAGGCCCAAGAGCAGCAGGAGCCUGAACUCACGUCGACGCCGAACUUUGUGGUGGAAGUUGUGAAGGACGACACAAAGAAGGCCCUCGUGCUGGACUGCCACUACCCGGAAGAUGAGGUGGGCCAAGAAGAGGAGGACGAGAGCGACAUUUUCUCUAUCAGGGAAGUUAGCUUUCAGCCCACCAGUGACUCGGAAUGGAAGGACACAAAUUACACCCUCAACACGGAUUCCCUGGACUGGGCCCUGUAUGACCACUUGAUGGACUUCUUGGCUGACCGUGGGGUGGACAAUAAAUUUGCGGAUGAGCUCAUCGAACUCAGCACAGCCUUGGAGCACCAGGAAUACAUCAACUUUCUGGAGGAUCUGAAGGGCUUUGUCAAAUGUCAGUAGGGGGCGGAGGACCCCUGAGCCCUCAGGAAGGGGUGGGGGAGAGAGAAGUUAUUUAGCCGCAAUCAUGGAGACGGUUCGUAAGAUCAUUUUGGGCAUAAAUGAGAUGUUCCCUAACCCGCUUUAUUUUCUGGCUUGUCCUGCCACCACUUUUGUACGCGUCACAGAAUGAUGAGAAAUAAAAUUGCUUGGACUCUA